AUGUAUUUUGGUUUCAAUGCAUUAUUCCACGAACAGUCAUUUCAACUGAUAGCUAUUGUAAUAUUUGAUUUAGGAUGGGCCUUGUACGGGAUUGGCCAAGCUCUUAUUUUGAAAUAUUUUCGGGAUAAAUUUGAAAAUAUACCUUCAUGUCAACAAUUUCUCCAUUACGAUCUUUCUUUUCGUUAUGUUGAUAUUCC